AUGGGGCUUACGCGAUCUGCGAAAGCCAAGAAGAGGCGGGGCAAGAAGAAGGAGAGCAAGCUUGCGCCCGAGGCAAAGGCGACGCUCACCACGGAGCAACGAGUGGCGGAAAUCCUGGCCAGGACAAGAUCUCCCGCUGCCAUCGCGACUGCGCCGACGGCUGGCGGCGGUGGCGGCGGCGACAGAGGCGGCAGCGAAGACCGGCCUUGGACGGGCGGAGAAGGAACGGGGACUUUCAGCGACUUCGCCAAGUCUUUGCGAGAUCUACGGCAGACCGGGGAACUGGACUUGAGCUCGGAGGGUGCGGCGGGCAGGAGCGGGCGCGGCUCGUCGGAAUCGCCACGCCCGAACCUAAGGCCGCCGCCGCCGGAACGCCCGUCCCCCCAACAACACCGCAACGACGAUGACGAGAGCAGCGGGCCGCUGGAUCUGUCCGGAUCCCUGGUGAUCGGCGAGGCCGACAUGGAGGUGGGUGGGUACGCCCGCGCUCGUAAGGCGGAGGAGGAGGAGCAGGAGGGGGAGGUACGACAACGGAGAGAAGGGGACGGCCGUGGUGGAGGUGGGGUCGGAGGGAGGGAAGAGAGCGAGCCGGCGGCGGUACCGGCUGCAAACAAAGCGCCUGAGGAGGAGGAGGAGGAGGAGGGGGGUCGAACCGAUGAUGGUCAGGGCUUGCCGCGAUCAGGGGCGGGGAGCGAGGAAACGGGUUACGACGACGAAGGUUUCGAGGAGCCGCCACCGGAGGAAGAAGCGGGGGAAGAGCACGGCGGGGAAAAGCAACAGCCACCAGGACACAAAGAACCAGAGCAGCGAUCUGCUGCAGGAGUCCCCGUUCCCGCCGACGUAUUCCCAGGCGGUGGUAGCGUUCGUGGCCGAACGGCCAGCCCUCUUUCCGGACCGAACCUUGCAGCCUUGACCACCGUGACCGGCGGCGGCGGUGGCGGCGGAGCAGCAGCAGCAGCAGCACCGGCCAGCCCAGGUGCCCGGAGCACCGCUAGCCUUCCGCCUGCGCCGCCCGCGUCGCCGCCCCCGGCCGUCGCUUCGCCGGAUCGCCGCCGGAGGGCCGAGGCAGGAGGAGGGCCUUCGGCGACGGUCGUGGGAACAACGCCCCUAGAGUCAGAGGCCUUCAGCGAGGAGCAGGAAGAGGCGCGGCGGCGCCGGGCUGCGCCCCAGCAGCAGCCCCCUCCUCCGUCGCCGCCUCCACCUCCCCCGCCGUCGCACUUACCGGAGGAAGAGCGAACGAGCGACGGCGCGUGGUAUUCCAGCGGCGGCGCGGGAGGCAGCAGCAGCAGCGGCGGAGGCGGCGGCGGCGGCGGUGGGCGGAAGAAGGCGGAGACGGCCUCUUGGGGAAGGGGGCAGGGGGCGACGCAUGAUCGUGAUCGGCCCGGGGCGGCGGUCGCGACGACAACAGCAACGGCGAUGACCCUUGCGCGGGACGUGACCCCGUCGUUCCUCCGAUACCCUUCCGCCGGCCGCGGCCGGGCGGCCCGCGGACCCAGCUCCGGCGGCGGCGGUGGCGGCGGCGGCGGCGGCUGUGCAGAGCCGUCGACGGUUGCUGCGCCCUCCGUACGGGUAAGCGACAACCGCCGGCCACGGCCUUCGACGGACGGUGGUGGUCUCGAUGGCGGUGUCGGACGGCACCCCGAGGGGGGACACGACCACGACCGUCCCGCCGCCUCCGCCGCCGCCUCCGCCGCCGCCGCCGCCGCGGGUGAUCUUCUUCUCCCCGGCAGGAGGCGGAUAGCGGACAGCCCCGUCACGUCCAGCGGGCUCUGGGACGUGCCCACGGCGGCUCCGUCGCUCGCGGAGCUAGAGUACCAGCUCCGAAAGCUGAGCCCGCUCCGCGGCAUGGCGGCCGGGGCAAGCAAGGCCCGCGGCGCCGGCGGCGCCGGCCGUGGCAGCAGGUCUCCCGCUCUUCAGAGCAGGCGCGGCGGCGCUCGCGGAAUCGGUGGUACCGGCGGCGGCAGUGGUACCCGCUCCAGGCGUUCCGAACAAAGGGGCGGGGGGUUCGAGGGGGCAAGCGCCGGUGGUGUCUCGAGCAAAACAGGUCGCAGCCAAUUCCGGGACAGGGAGGGAAGCAGAAGAGGGGGGGUCGGGCGCGGUGGAGAGAUGGGGGGGGCGGGGCAUGGCGAAGCGGAGCAGAGCCCUGCAGGCGUAUCGCAUGCCUACAACGCCAACGCACAGCUGUUCGAGGGGGUGUACUC